AUGUCUGCAGAUAUCGUGAUUGUCUUACAUUGGUCCUCAACCAGUAAAUCCAGCGACUCUUGCAAUGGUGGCCAACUUUUUAUCUACGGUGGUGUUGAAACGGGAUCUGACAAAGUUUUAACAAUUGUGACACUAGAAUGGUCCUCGUCUAAAGCUGAGAGAUUAAAAUGUGCUGGUCAUAUGGACCUCAUCACGCUUACUGGCUCCUUCGCUGACAUGAUUGUGCUGCCAAAUGGGGGCUCAAGUGCCAUGGAUAAUCAGCACAAAGCUGCUCUUACUGUAUUGACCAGCCCUGGCCAAUUGCAUCGUUUUGAUGGUGCUAGCUUAUCUUCCUUACUGUCUCAUCAAGAUAGGAAAGCAAUGGCUAUCUCUCUGGUAUUCCCAGCUAUAGUGCCAACAGUUGGUCCGCCCAUGACUGCAGCAAGAUUCAUUGCAUUGCCAAUGCAUACGAACUCUCUAAAACUUUCAUCCGGGGUUGGUUUAGCUAAGAAGCGAAGCUCCAACUCAGUGGCUGCUAGCCCAAAGGAGAGGUCAAUAGGGACGCUGAGUCAUUCUACUGAAAGCAUUGAUGUUGAGAGAGUGUACAUAGCAGGAUAUCAAGAUGGAUCUGUAUCGAUGCAAGGAUUAGAGCUUGUGGCUUUCGGUGCUCCAGUAACAUCGAUCCUUGGACUUCUGCUUGGACACGUUGCUAUUGGCUCUCGAAUGAAGCCAGCUUUUGGUUUGUUACAGAAAGUACGUACACGUGAAAGUAAGUUAAAAUCUAACCUCAAUAUAAAGUGGAACUUCAAGGACAAGAUGGAGAAGAUUAUGAGCUGCGAUAGUGGGCACAUUGCAUUAUACACCUUAACUUCCCAGGAUACCGCAAUCACUUCCUUCUCUCAUGAUAAGGUUCUUGCAGCUGCUACAUUUAAGGUCUCCUUCAAUCAGAAGAAAAAGCAGGAUACUACUAAACCAGGAAUCCUUCGCUGUCUUGCCAAAAGCUUCAAAGGCUGUAAACCUUACCAGAACCUGGAUGCUUCUCAUCUCAGAUGUGUCAUACCUACAAUUUCUCCCAUCUUGAGGGUUUGUUUGCCAAACCGCCCGCAUCGCCAGACUCGACAUCUCGCGAACCACCACAGCCAGAAUCUGACUCAUCAUCUCUUCCUCCUCCAAUCAAGAGCGAGAAAGCAGAGGAGCUUAGCAUAUACGACAUUGUGA